AUGUGCAAGAUCACAGCCUGCCCCUACAUGGGCCCCAGGGAUCCCACCCUGACCUGUGCCUCAGAUGCCCCCAACAGCAGCCCAGUCCAGCUCUCAGUGACCGAGGGAGCAAACGUCUCCUUCACCUGCCACUUCCCCACCAAAUCGGGGUUCCCGCAGUUCAACUGGUACCGUCUGUGCCCUGGAAACAGGACCGAGAAGUUGGCGGCAUACCCCAAGGAGCAAGGCCAGCAUGGCAGACGCUGGCAUGUCACAGCCACCAACUUAUCUGCCACCCACAACUUCCACAUGCACCUCCUCAGUGCCCAGCAAAACGACAGCGGCCUCUACCGCUGCGCUGCCAUCUACCUGCACCCUGAAAUCCACAUCCUUGAGAGCCACAUGCAGCUCAAUGUCACAGAGAGAGUCCUGAUGCCUACAGAGCACCCCAGCCCCACGCCCAGGUCCACAAGCAAGUCCCCGGGCCUGGUGGCCAGUAUCACAAGUGCCCUGGUGGCCAUCCUGCUGCUGCUGCUGGCCUGGCUCCUGGCCACCACCUUCCCUCAGGCAGUUCAAGGGCGCUGUGCUGGCAGGAGCGAAGACAUACCCCUGAAAGAAGACCUCCAAGUGGCACCAGUGUUCACCGUGGACUACGGGCAGCUGGACUUUGAGUUGCGAGAAAAGACUCCAGAGCCCCCUGUGCCCAGUAACCCCGAGCUGACAGAAUAUGCCACCAUCGUCUUCACACAGGGAAUGCCAGGCUUCCCCGGCCGCAGGGCCUCAGCUGGUGGCCUGCAAGAGUCCCGGCCACCACCACCUGAGGAUGGACACUGUUCAUGGCCCCUCUGA